AUUCGCAAGACCGCGUACGAUCAUCACACCACACAACAUCUCUCCGACGCGCAGCCUUCCCAGGCAUGAUACUUCACCGCAGCUGAACUGGAUCCCACGGCGACUUUCACCAUAGGAGGCGCACAACCUAAGAGGAGGAGGCCGGCCAACAUGCCUCCCGCGGUGGGUCGCAUGCACCCAUCGCACAUGUCGAAUCCAUUUGCACAUCUCAACCAGCAUCACCAAAUCCCCCAGACCUCGCAUUACCAGUCGCAGUCCACGCAAUUGCCCAAUUCUUUCGGCUCGCAAAAUGCUUUUGGCAACAGCGCGCUCAACGGCGGCAUUUCGCCCUUCAACCCCAGCUCGCCCUACGGUGCCUCAGCGUUCGGUCAGGCCUCGAUAAAUCAACCUUUCAACGGAGGAAUGAUUGGAGGUGGCCAAGGUCUUGGGUCGGCAGCGGCGCAAGCAGGCUUUGCUCGCGGCGCUGCUAUGCAGGAGCAUGGGCAUCAGAUUGAGGCGGCGGGAAUGGGCAUGAAGACUGGUGCUGCCGCGCGAAUACGGGAGGUAUGGAGGCACAAUCUGGACGCUGAAAUGCACAUGCUGCGACAGCUCAUCCAGAAGUAUCCCUUCGUCUCGAUGGAUGCAGAGUUUCCCGGAAUUGUUGCGCGUCCGAUGGGAACUUUCGCUGGCAGCAAGGCCGAGUACCAUUAUCAGACUUUGCGAUGUAACGUCGACAUCCUGAAGCCGAUUCAGGUCGGUAUCACAUUAUGGACUGCCGAGGGCGGCCUACCUCCCUCACAAGAUCCGAGUUUCCAGCCGAACACUAGAACGCCUGGCUAUAGCAACGCCCUCUUGAACCAGAACAUCCCAUGCACAUGGGUCUUCAACUUCCAAUUCAAUCUUGAGCAAGACAUGUACGCUGAGAGCUCGAUCGAACUGCUCAAGCAAUCAGGCGUGGACUUUGCAAGACACAUGGAAAUGGGCAUCUCACAGGAAGCCUUCGGAGCUCUGCUCACGACUUCUGGACUGGCAUUCAAUCCGGACGUCCACUGGCUGAGCUUCCACAGUGGUUACGACUUUGGCUAUCUGAUCAAGAUUUUGUCAAACGAUGCCCUGCCUAUGGACCAGGGCGACUUUUUCGAGCUUGUCACAAUGUUCUUCCCGAAGCUGUGGGAUAUCAAGUUUCUAUUGCGCCACGCUCAGCGAAAACGAGUACAACACCAAUUGACCGACUCUGCAACGCAACUCGUCGACACUCUUGGUGGUAAGAGCGGUCUUGGAGACCUCGCUGCUGAGCUCGGCUGUCAACGAGUAGGCACAUCACACACUGCUGGCUCAGACGCGUGGCUUACUGGGGCUGUCUUCUGGGCCAUGAAGGAGAAGAUUUUCCAAGGAGAUCUCGAAGAUGAACUGUCUGACCAAAUAUACGGUCUUCAUGGCGUACCUCAGCCUGCAUCUCAGCAAUAUCGUGAAGAAUUUUUCGCAGCGCAAGGUACUCCAGCAGGUCAGCCGAACGGUGCUGGUGGAAAUGGAGGCGUUCUCAGUGGGCUAGGAUCAGGCACUGGAGCGGCAGGCGCGAACUUUACACCCAGCGGAAACCCGAGCACACCGACUACAAGUCAUGCAGGACUCAAUACCCAGACGCCGUAUGGAGGUUUCGGAAAUUUUCAGGGUUACGGCAAAUAG